AAGUAUAGUUGAAUGCGACUGUGGCAGGGCGACCAUACUCACUCUCCAUCGCCCUCUCACUUUUGCGACUUGAACUCACGCGAGCUCGGCUUUGCACUCGAUUUUUGAAGCCGGCCUAUUACAAAAUGGAUUUUUCUGCUACACCAAAGUCUGCCAAGAAACAGAAGAAAAGCAAGUCGGCUCCUGUUGUGACUGUGACUGAGGUCUGCGACGAGCACUAUGGCUCCCAUUAUCGACGCCAAAGCGACAUCCGGAAGGGUUUCCUGAAGUGGUUCAAGAGACAACACAGGAGUCAAACGUCUCAAAAUGUGAACGACAGCCAUUUUUUCGAACAAGCCAGGGCAUAUGAGGUGGUCGAGCCUCUCGUGCCACUGCUCGUAACAGAGCAACGUCCCAAGUCAUAUCCACGGCCAGUAUUCGGCGACUCCUUGUGAUCGCUACAGACAUAAGGCCACACAGCCACGCAUUGCUCUGCCAUUUGAGUGAAGCAGGUUGUGAAGCCACACCCCCGAGCUACGGGAUUAUCUACAUCGUUUGGACGACACACAGGACACCACGAUUGUCAUUCUGAUUGUUCCUGCGAGUCCUCACGCACGCUCGAUCGGCAAUAUCGAUGGCCGCAACAUCACCACUGAGAUUGCGAAGAAGAUGAUAACAGGCUUGAUGCUCCUGUGAUCCAUGAAGGAUGCGAAUUCUAUUCUGGGUGCACAUUCGAAGGCUCAACAGGACUUUCCACGCUAUGAUCAAUGACGACACGAAGAAAAGCCAUAUUGUAUAAUGAUAAUGCAUUUUUGUUUUCGACCCAUCUUUCGAAGACCACUCAAUACAUCAAAACGAUACCAGCUUACGCCGCAUUGCGUUUCCAGCAU